AUGUCGGUCUCUGUUGCCUCUCUCCCUUCCACCUGGGACGCCUGUGAUCAGUGGGCCACCCACCUCAGGGAUGUCGUCGCCCCGGCACCCCCUCUCACCGGCGCUUCCAAUUAUCUCCCUUGGUCCAAGAAACUAAAGAUUGUUCUGUCUGGGGUCCGGGGGUGUCUCGGUCUGCUAGCAGAGCCCCCUGCCUCCCACCCCUCGGCUACCACUCUCCCCUCCACAUCUCUCUCUGUAGAGAUCUGGAGCCACCUCGACGCCACCCUUGCUCUUGCUCUUGUGGGUUUACUUAGCACCGAUCUCGCCUCCCUCUUCGAAUCCAUCGUCCUCGACCAUCCUUCUCGCGCCGCCCGCACCCUCUGGCUCAAGCUGGAGGCCGACUAUGGCACUCGCUCUUCCUACGAUAUGUGGAAGUCUGUUGAGGCCCUAACCUCUCAACCCCAGGGCUCUACUCCGGUGACAGAGUUCAUGACGCCCCGCAGGCAGAAGUUCGAGGCGAUCAAGGCUGCCGGGUACGAUUUCGACCGGUGGUUGUUGGAGAGUGGAUUCCAGCAGCAAGGAAUGCUCUAG